AUGACCGACCCAUUGAAGACUCUAGAUGCAGGUCGGCCGAAGCCGGUCACCGUGUCGCGCAACGUUUAUGCGAUUGCUGGUAUUUCCGUCGCAGUGUUUGGUUUGGAGGAAUUGGAUACACAGGCCUCAGAGGUGGCCUGUCUCUGGCUGCUACAUCCUCGUCUGGCAACUCAAGAGCGCAUGGUGGAUAUCGCUGCUACGACCAUCACCGAUUGGAAUACCAAAAUUACGGAUACUCCGACGGCCAAGGGUCUCAUUGCUGUUUCCUUUGAUCAGCGGAAUCAUGGCACAAGAAUGGUGGAUCCACUUGCAAAUGAGGCUUGGAGACAAGGCAACCCGCGCCAUGCACAGGAUAUGUUCUCUAUCUUCCAGGGAACUGCGCGGGAUACAUCCUUGUUGAUGGACUACCUACCUGCUUAUAUCUUCCCAAAUGGAGAAAACAAGAUUUCCGAGAACCUUGUUCUGGGUGUCUCUCUCGGUGGACAUGCCGCCUGGAGCUGUCUAUUGCAUGAACCCCGGGUAACGGCAGGCGUUGUCAUUAUCGGGUGUCCCGAUUAUCUCAAUCUCAUGGUUGAUCGUGCGCGACUGUCAAAACUGCCCUCAUGGACAAAGAGUAACCCGCCAGGGUCGGAAAUUAUCGGUUCUGAAGCUAUGCCCACUUCGUUCGUGGAUAUUGUCAAACAGUAUGAUCCUGCGAGUCUCUUUCUCAGCUACGUGAAGAGUGCCCCAGGUCCACUUCGCGAUGGUGCAUUGCCCGAGCCCACAGAACAAGAAAAGCAAGAGCUUCGACCUGUUUUAACACGAUGCCUGGGUGGUAAGCGUAUUUUGAACCUGUCUGGUGGUAUCGAUAAGCUUGUGCCGUAUCAUCGGGGUGAGUCUUUCCUCGGGUGGUUCAAGAGUGCAAUUUCGCCUGAGGGAUGGUUUGGAGAUGGUGCUGUUUCGUUCGAGGAUAUUAUUGAUCAGUCUGCGGGCCAUGAGGUGACUCCUAAGAUGGUUGAUGAGGCUACCCGAUUUAUCAGCGAAACGUUAGCACUCAAUGGAGAAGAGCGGAAAAGCGCUGUCAGGGAAUCAAAGAUCUAG